AUGGGCACCCUCGAGUGGACCGCGUAUUCGAAGCUCAAGAGCAUUUACAAUGGUGGCGACAGCAAGGUUACGGCUGCUCUGCAGAAAGCCGGCAGCAGCGUCCCCCGGCGCGAGGCCAUCUAUCGUCAGCGGCAUCAAGAAUGCAAGGCGAUAACCGAGUUCUGCCAGACCCAGGUCCUCAACGCAUCUGGCAAGGACAUGCAGGCGUGGCAGAAGGAGACAAACCUUUGGCUGGGCCGCCAGAGCAAGCUCGAGCGCGAGUGGAACGGGCUUGUGAACAAGCUGGAUGAUUUGCCUCUUCCCGACAGAGAGAAGAAGAACGGAAAAUACGUCGACAUCCACUAUUACUGA